AUGGCUUCAAGCAGACUUCUUACAUCGAGAGUGGCUACAUCUGCACGCCUGUUCGGGCGUAGUCUGCACCCCAUCAGAGCCCCUGUGCUCCAAACACGGAAGAAGGCCACUGUUCCUUUCCGACUUCCAGAUGCAAGAAACGAGGUCAAUCCUUUGUACACCCGCGGCUCCCCCGAGCGUGUCAAGUUGGAAGCAGCAUUGACGAAACUUCGAUCCCAACUGCCUGUCCAAAGCAGUAUCUACUACAACGGCAAGGCUCAGCAGGCAUCCCAGUCGUGGGAUCAACCAUUGCCCGCAGAACACGCAACCACAUUCACCAAUUACCCACUCGCCACUAAGGAGCAGGUCUCUAGUGCCAUUGAGUCAGCGCUAAAGGCAAAGAAGGAUUGGGAAAACACACCAUUCGUAGACCGGGCGGCCAUCUUCCUCAAGGCGGCAGAACUGGUGACGACAAAGUACCGAUUUGAGCUCAUUGCCGCGACGAUGCUGGGUCAGGGAAAGAAUAUCUGGCAGGCUGAGAUUGACGCCGCCGCUGAACUGGCAGACUUCUUCCGGCUGAACUGUAAUUUUGCCGCGGAGUUACUGGAGAGACAGCCUACUCGGGGGACAGAUGGAAUGUGGAGUCGCAUGGAAUACCGGCCUCUAGAAGGAUUCGUCUACGCGAUCUCGCCAUUCAAUUUCACUGCCCUCGGAGGUAGUUUGAUCUCUGGUCCUGCGUUGAUGGGCAAUGUCGUUCUGUGGAAGCCUUCGCCGUCAAAUAUCUACGCUAGCACUCUGGUCUACAAGAUCCUUCUGGAAGCGGGUUUGCCACCGGAUGUAGUCCAGUUCGUGCCUGGGGAUGCGGAGCAGAUCACCGAAGUGGCUCUCUGUCACCGUGACUUUGCCGGACUAAACUUCAUCGGCUCGUCUGACGUUUUCAGAUCUAUUUAUGCGAAAAUUGGGGAGGGGAUCGGCAAAAAGACAUACCGUGAAUUUCCGAGAGUGGUUGGCGAGACGAGUGGCAAGAACUUCCAUCUCAUUCACAACUCUGCCGAUAUCUCAAGCGCUGUCAAUCACACCAUUCGCGGCGCCUUUGAGUACCAGGGCCAGAAGUGCUCCGCGACCUCCCGUCUGUAUCUCCCAGAGUCCCGUGCGGAGGAUUUCCUGACGGCACUGAAAGCUGGGAUCAACGACAUCACUAUUGGCAGCCCCGACGGAAGCUUGGAGGCCUUCAUGGGUCCAGUGAUUCACCGCCGGUCAUUUGACAGGAUCAAGUCCAUUCUCGACGCGAGCAACAAAGAUCCAUCCUUGAAGUUGCUGGCUGGCGGCACUUACGACGACUCGGUUGGUUUCUUCAUUCACCCCACCGUCUACCAGGCGCAGUCUCCGGACCACCGUCUAUUCAACGAGGAAAUAUUCGGCCCAGUUCUGGUUGUUUAUGUCUACCCUGACUCUGAAUGGAGCUCCCUGCUGAAGAAGGUCGACCAGGCCGGUGGUGGAUUUGCCUUGACCGGCGCCGUUUUCGCCACGGAUCGAAAAGCUGCUAGAGAAGCAGAGGAUGCUCUUCGCUACUCAGCUGGAAAUUUCUACAUCAACUGCAAGACGACUGCUGCGUUAAUCGGCCAACAGUCUUUCGGAGGUGCUAGGGCCAGCGGGACUAAUGACAAGGCCGGUAGCUCUGAUAUUCUGCGGCGUUUUACCAGCCCUAGGAUGAUCAAGGAGGAGUUCUUUCCUUUGGAUGGCUAUAGAUAUCCCAGCAACCACUAG